ACUAAAGUUCAUAAUGCCUGGGGGAAAAGUAGGAAGAGACAUGCAGCCCAAACACCCGACUUUUCUACCAAAGAACAAAAGGGAAAAGCUAUCAACUUGCUUCUAUUUUAAGUAUAAGUUUGAAAACCAAGCUAAUCACUCACCUCAGGAAAACCCUUUUUGGUGUCUUGACACGAUGACACCUUUCCUCUGUUAAAUUCUGAUACAACGAACAAAUUUAUAAUUCACCUACUUAAAGGUUGAUUAUCAAGUCUGAACAAGCCCCAUCCACCUCAAGAGAAAAUAAGUAUUUUCUCCUUUUGCCACUCAACUGAGAAUCAUUCAUACCAGCCUCACCAACUACCUUCGGGCCUGAAAUAAUAUAUACCACUGAAUUAAAGACCAACAUAGAAAAAUAUGGCAUCAUGUAAGGCAAUUCUUUGCUUUAUCUUAACUUAUUUCCUGCUGCAACUAUCAGAGAUCAAUGCAAAAGUUCCCGCCAUAAUUGUGUUUGGAGACUCUUCGGUGGAUUCUGGAAACAAUAACCAGAUCUCGACAAUCCUGAAGAGCAAUUUUGCACCAUAUGGACGGGAUUUUAUUGAUGGGAAACCUACUGGAAGAUUUUCGAAUGGUCGGAUUCCUACAGAUUUCAUUUCUGAAGCUUUUGGGAUCAAAUUGACGGUGCCUGCAUAUCUUGAUCCAAUGUAUAAUAUAACAGACUUUGCUACUGGAGUUUCCUUUGCUUCUGCGGGAACUGGCUAUGAUAAUGCUACCUCAGAUGUGCUAUCUGUACUACCUCUUUGGAAGGAACUGGAGUACUACACUGAGUAUCAGAACAAGCUAAGAGAGUACCUAGGUCACGAAAGAGCAAAUGAGAUUCUUAGGGAAGCCCUUUACCUGAUAAGUAUUGGAACCAAUGACUUCCUAGAAAACUAUUAUCUUCUUCCACACAGAUCGUCAGAAUUCUCCGUGGAGGACUACCAGAAUUUUCUGGCAGAAAUUGCAAGAAAUUUCAUCACAGAGCUUUACAAGCUAGGAGCUCGGAAGAUAUCUAUUGCUGGGCUUCCUCCAAUGGGAUGCUUACCACUGGAAAGAACAACAAGAAUCUUCUUCAGAAACAAUUGUGUGGAGAAGUACAAUGACGUAGCUAAAGAUUUCAAUGACAAAUUGGAUGGCUUGGUCAGGACAUUGAACAAGGAGCUUGCUGCAAUCAGGCUGCUGCUUUCAAAUCCCUAUGAUAUUCUCUUACAAAUCAUUCAGAAGCCAGAGUUCUUUGGUUUUCAAAACGUGAAGACGGCAUGUUGUGGAACUGGAUACUUUGAGAUGAGCUACCUGUGCGAUAAAAUGAACCCUUUUACAUGUUCAGAUGCAAAUGAGUACGUGUUUUGGGAUUCCUUCCACCCAACUGAAAAAACAAAUAGCAUCAUAGCAGAUCAUGUGUUCAAAAGUGGCUUAAUUCAGUUUCUUUGAUUGGACAACAGUGUAAAUUGUAAUUG